GCUAAACCUGCUUAUCUGAACUGGGCAGGGCUCGUUAUACUCACAGCACAGGGGGAGGGCCUUGUCUGCUUUCAAUCAAUAACCUCUGGAAUUCAGAAAUACAAGUAGAUCCUGUCUCUGGCAGGCUGUACCUAACUCUUGAGGGCGGGCUCCCAGGCACACUCGAAGGAAUUUCUAUCUGCUCCUGGCACUCUCUGUCUGUUUUCGCAGAUCUGACUGGGUUUUGAGCCCCAUCACAAUGGCUGAUCACACUUCUCCAGAUUAUUUCAGCUGCUCCCUGUGUGUGAACCUGCUGAGGGACCCUGUUGCUAUCCCCUGUGGACACAGUUUCUGUAUGGACUGCAUCAGUGGUUACUGGAAUGACGCUGACUACACAGGGAUUUACAUUUGUCCCCAGUGUAAGAUUACUUUCACCCAGAGGCCGGUGCUGCGGCCCAACGCCACGCUGAACAUGGUGGCCGAGAAGAUCAAGAAGAGCGGUCUGAACCUCAACCUCAACUUAACCCAGGGGAACUUCUACGCCGGGCCGAGUGACGUCCCCUGUGACUUCUGCUCUGGGAAGAAAUUAAAGGCUGUGAAGUCCUGUCUGAACUGCCUGGCGUCCUACUGCGAGAAGCACCUGAAGCCACACUACGAGUCAGCCACAUUCAAAAGGCAUAAGUUGGUGGACGAGCUGGGAAACCUGGACAGGAAGAUCUGCCCGCAGCACCAGAAGCCCCUGGAGCUCUUUUGUCGAACAGACCAGAUGUGUAUCUGCGCUAUCUGCACAGUCAGUGAACACAAGGGUCAUGACAUUGUCUCUGCUGAGGCAGAGAGGGGUGAGAAACAGAAACUCCUGGGAGUCUCCCAGGCUGAGAUUAGACAGAAAUGCCAGGACAGGGUGAAGGAGCUAGAGGAACUGAAGACUGCUGUGGAUUCAUUGAAGAACUCGGCCCAGAGAGCCAUGGUGGACAGCCAGAAGAUGUUUGAGGACAUGAUCCGCUCCAUUGAGAGGAUGAGGUCCGAGGUGACCAAGCUGAUUGGGAUCAACGAGAAGGCCGCUUUCAACCAGUCCGAGGCGCUGAUCGAGCGACUGGAACAAGAGAUCGAUGAACUGAAGAAAAAGGAGACCGGCCUCAAGCAGCUGUACAGCACCGAGGACCACAUCCACUUCCUGCAGAACUUCAACUACCUGUGCACCCCCACGGAUGACAGCUUCAUACCGAAAGUGGUGUUGAACCCUGACUUCUCCUUCGGGGCUGUUAGGAAAGCUGUGAGCGAGAUCAAGGAGCGCCUGGAGGAGUUUGGCAAAGAGGAGCUGCUCAAGAUCUCCAAGUCAGUGAAUGAGGUCCCAGUGUACACUACGGAGAGUCGAACACUGGACAGAAGGAGCAGAGGUAAAGAAGUGGUGGACAACACUCCUCCAGAGCCAAAGAGCAGAGCCGAUUUUGUAAAAUACUUCUGCCAGCUGAAGCUGGAUUCUAACACCGCCUACAAGGAGCUGUACGUCUCAGACAACAACAGGAAAGUCAUCCGCACCAGGGACCUGCAGCCCUACGCAGACAGCCCAGAGAGGUUCGACAGCUUCGCCCAGGUGCUGUGCCGGGAGGCCCUGUCGGGGGGGCGCUUCUACUGGGAGAUCGAGUGGAGUGGGGAGUUCUCCAUCGGAGUGGCCUACAAGAGCAUCAGCCGGAAGGGCAAAGGCUCACUGUGUCUGCUGGGAUACAACGACAAAUCCUGGAGUCUGCUCUGCUCGGACACGGGUUACUCUGCCUGGCACAACCGGGUGGACAAAGCUGUCAGCGGCCCCCACUCCCCCCGGAUAGGCGUGUACCUGGACCACAGCGCUGGUGUGCUGGCGUUUUACAGCAUCGGCAACACCAUGACCCUGCUGCACAGGUUUCAGACUACGUUUGUUGAGCCCAUCUAUCCAGGCUUUGGAGUUGGAACCUCAGUCAGGAUCUGCAAUAUCAAGUGAACACUGGUAUUUAAGCUCUCGUUUGAAAAUCUGGAAAUAUUUUCCACAUGUUACUCAUAAUACACAGCAAUGCUUUUGGAAUAUAUAUUUUUGCUACAUUUUUAAACUGUACCAAACCACAUUCAUGAAGUUUGUUUUUGUUUUUAAAUGCCCC